GAUCUCUUCCAGAGAGGGCUUUACCAAAUCCGAGUGGGCCUGCGAGUAUCCCCGAAGGUACCUGUGCACAUCGAGACAUCGGUGUCGAGCGGCAAUGGCGCCGCGCGUGCCGGCCGGCCCUCCGCCAACGCGGCCCUCGGGGGCCUCGCCGCCUCCCGCGCCUUCCAGAUCAUGUACCGGAACGAGGAGGUCACAUUAAGAGACAUCAUCCAGUUUAGAGCUCAUUUGUUAGUUGAUAGUCGCAAUCUUAAAGAGUCCCUAGAGCGAACAGAAUGGAGUCUGGGUGUAGAACUGUGGUGCAGCGAAGGCGCACAAUCCAGCACCCUCGCGCCUGUCUCCUGUCGCGUGCUGAAGCUGCACUUCCAGCCGUCGCAGGGAUUGCAUUAUCACCUUCCCGUGCUCUUCGACUACUUCCACCUCUCAGCUGUAUCCAUCACCAUACACGCGAGCUUGGUCGCUCUACACCAGCCUUAUAUCAAAAAAAGCAUCAUGCAUUAUGUGCAAAGCUGUACUCCGCGGUCAAGCAAACAGUGGGGGAAACUAAUGAAAAGCGCAGGCUCCAACUUCAACGCGUCUGGAAGCUUCGAGAACAUUCUAUUCGGAUCUAGCGGCAAAUGUGCUGGUGGCAACUCCAGCAAGAUCGCUCACGCUAGGCAAGUACAUGCUGAAGUAUGCGGCAUUCUCCUUGGUUCACUGGAGGGCCUGCAGGGAGCGCUGGCGGUAUGCGGCUCCACCGGCGUGCAGCUCAGCCCAGAGGAAGCCUCCUCCAACUCCAUUGUCGGAGAAGUAGCACAGAGGAUAAAAGAUCUCAGUGAUAAUAGCAAAAAACCGGAAGCGGGCUCCGAGGAGGAGUGGGCGAUGGGCGCAGCGCACGACAUCGCGCGGCUCUGUGCGGAGGUCACGCUACGCUGGCGCGCCUUCCUGCACCACACCUCCGAUCGGCCACACGUGCACCACGCGCUCGCCGCUGCACAUCAUGCACUACGCAUCAAACGCUUCUCCGAGUGCUUCUUCGUGCUGGACAACCCGCGGCACUCGCUGGCCGGCUGUUAUGACAGCAACUACCAGUCUUACCAGAGUGUGGGUGAGGCAGCGCGACGCUCCCGCUACCUCGCGCUGCUGCCCCCGCUGCCCGUGCAUUGCAUCGCGCUCGACGGAGACCCACACAUAAUGCCUGUUAUAUUUGAGGACAGAUAUCAGGAUACAGCAGAAUUUGCUAGACGACGCUCCUUUUUAAAUUCCAGUGCGAACAAAUCAGGCAGCGAUCCGUUCCUCUGUUCGGAGCCUGUGAGCGAAGACUGUGCUUGUAGUGUAAGCUCUUUGAUGGACUCAAGAAGACCUUCUUCUGAAGCUUCACGUGUCACAUUAACUUUACCAAAAACCAUGAUGGAUGUCCUUGAACCACAAUUUAGUGGAUCUAAAACAAGCGUACCAAACAUUGUGCAAGCUAGUUUGACUUUAGCACCGCAAAAACCACCUCAUGGCUCUCCUAAAAGAACUCUCGUUAAACAAAACGUUGAAAUGAACAAAUCAUAUAACAAGCAAUUAGAAUUAACCUGUCGGAACAGGUAUAUCGUACAAAAUAAUCAAAUAAGCGAAAUCCAACUUCCACCAAAUAAUGCUUUUUCCUCUUGCCCUAUUCAACAAGGACAACAAUUAUCAAGAUAUUCCGCAUCGACGUUACUAGAUAUUAAUGCUGCAAAAAAUAAUGCAAGUACGUCACGUUCAGGAAAAGAAAAAUCUGAUAGUAAUGAAGUAUUCAAUCAAAAGCACGAAAUCACAAGCGGCGUUAGUACAUUGCCUGCGCGGCAUAGCAAAUCUUUAGAUCAACUAAGGGUGUCACAAAUGGCGCCACUUAGUGUGCAAACAAUAACUAAGAACGUACGAAAUAGUUCGAAUACAUCAGUAAAUUAUCCAAAGCCAUAUCAGCCACCGCAACAAGUUAAACCAACUACUCUACCACGAAGUGUAACAACGACAACCUAUCCGACAAGUACAACAACUCGGUGUGGAUCUAAAGGGGACGAUUAUAGACGCAAUAUUAACGAAUUUAGAGAGAAAUAUAAAAAUCCUGGUAAUCUAAAUGCUAACAUGCACGGACCUAAUAACGAGACAUUCCAUAAUGUUGGAUAUAAAUACGAUGGAAAUGUAAAGCCUAAUCCUAAUCAAGUUUAUGGUUACGCUUUCGGUAAUCAGGGUACUCUGCAAGCGAAUAACGUUAUUCGUAAUCCUUUGGAGUUCCAAAGAGGUUAUAGAGUUAAUUUGCCCCGUCCUAUGUUGCCUCCGCGUAAUUCUUAUCCACCGGUCAGUGGAAAAACUCAAGCAACUGAUCAAACUAACUUAGUAUCUAACAAGCACGUUCAUAGAUCUAACUCAACUCACGUAUUUCAUCAAAACUUAGAUAGUCAACAACAACAGCAACAACAACAAAUUGAUAUCGAAGCAGCUCGUAACCAACUGAGACAUGAAUUAAAUUAUUACCUCCAAAAAGGAGAUUGGAGUUACGACUUUAAUACAGGCAGUCUUAUCCAAAAUUACCAGAAGAAGUCUAGUAAGAGCAGCGAUGAUAGCGGAUUUGUAAUGACUUUAGACAGAAGCAGUGAUGGAACUUCUAAAUCAACUUAUUCUAAAACGCCACCGUCGACUCCACAUUCCACAAUUCCAUCGGUAAGACAUAAAAAGAGUCGAUCCAAAGAAUCUAGAUUAAACCACAGUGCUAAGGAAGGCGGUAAAAUAAAUUCAAGUCGUGAUUCUUUGAGUAGUCACCACUCUAUCAGGUCAAGAGACAGCAAAUCUGAUCGACAUACGUCGAAAUCUGAUCGCAGUACCGUUCCAUACAGCCUUGACCAUGGAGCAGAGUUGAGGCAUUGUAGGAGCGCUGCCUCAGUAUUAGAUGAACCAAAUCUUAACAACACUUUUGGUUCGGAAUCCUUGCCAAAUCUAGCUCCACCGCCUGCUUUUGAAUCUCCUCCGUUGGAUAUUACGGACAAGGAUUUCAAAAUUUUGCCUCCUGAAAACUUUUUAAACAAAGAAGAUAAGCGAAGUAGUAAUUCUACAUCUAGCUUAAGUGAACAGAGUGGUUGGGUUUCCAGUGGCAGAAGUUCAGGGCCUUCUACACCUGAUAACGGUAGUUGUCAAUUAAAUCAAAACUAUGCGCCUCCAAAUAAAUCUCCCGCUUCUAAAAUUUCCAACAAAAUAUACGAUACUGCCGAAUGUCAAAACCAAGAAGGCGAAAAAGUCACUGAAUUUAAAAGGACAGUUCUAAAUGGUGAACAACUUCGUGAAAGACUGUUAAAACUUGCUGUGAAAGCUGCACAAAGUUCAAACGAGAAAAUAGAAUGUUGUGAUAAAGAAGUUUGUGAAGAAUGCACUAUUUGUAGCGAUUCUAUUUGCACUGACAGCCAAUGUGAAUACAAUAAAUUAAUGCACAGUAACGGAAUAGAUGCGGGAUGUAAUUCCGACACUUGUACAGCCAGCUGUUUCCAACAGUACCCUGAACCCAGCAGAAAAUUAAACCAAAGACAUAACUCUUUCAGUGGAAUACAAAAUAAAUCAUUUAGUACGGUACCUAUGUCCUCUACUGAAAGUACUGUAAAGAAAUCUAAAACAAUUAGUGAUGAUCUACAUCCAUACAUACGAAAGGAAAUUACACCCAAAGUACAACAAGUGCCCGCAAAAUCUAAUCCUAUGGACAAAAAUAAACUGAAACAUAGAAUAGAAUAUACAGAGAAACUAUUAGCUGCAGAAAUACGUAGCUUAACAGUAGAUCGUUCUUGCAAAAGUCACAAUAAGAAAACAGACCCUACAUCUACUGUCGCUAGCUCGAAAUAUCCAAAUAAAGCAAAAUCUGAAAUAGAUUUAAGUCAUUAUGCAACUGAAAAUGAAUAUGAACAUUUACCACCACCACAGCAAUUUAGAGAUGCCCCACCGCCCCCGGAUGCAUUUAAGGAUCCUCCAUCGAAAUCGCCGAACUUAAGUAGGCAGAGCAGUAAAUCUUCAACUCCUUCAAAACUAUCGAGGAAAGUAAGUCAGCCAUCUACUCUGCAACUGGAUAAUCCCCUGUAUCAUGUAUGCGAAGGAAUUAUUGAAAGGCGAAAAUUAAGGCCUCAUCAAUCAGUUAAUUCAACAGCGCCAACAGCAAGCACGCUUAACAAAAGUCAAAGCACUGGAGAACUUGCUUCUAGGAAUGAUAAUGGAAAUAACAAAGAACAACGUGAAAGUAACUUUGUCAGUAUAUUUGGGCUGGCGGAAUCGGAACGUUUGUUCAUCAAAUGCAGAGAAGAAUUUAGACAAAGCGUUAAAUAUCCUGGUGGCAUAUACUCAGAUUUCCCACCAGUGGAAAAUUCUCUUCCUUAUUUUCACAUUAGUGAUGAAUAUCGGAUGUUUAAUCCUGAGGGUUUGCAUCUUAUAAUUUGCGUACAUGGAUUGGACGGCAAUGCCGCGGAUCUUCGUUUAGUAAAAACAUAUUUAGAGCUUGGUCUUCCAGGCGCCAGGCUCGACUUUUUAAUGUCGGAACGGAAUCAAGGAGAUACAUUCUCAGAUUUUGAUACAAUGACUGACAGGCUUGUCCAGGAAAUUGUAACUCACAUUCAAAAUUCGAGCGAGCCAGCUAGAAUAAGCUUCGUAGGUCAUUCCUUAGGCACUAUUAUAAUUAGAUCUGCACUCGCUAGGCCUCAGAUGAAGCCUUAUUUAGGUAAACUACACACAUUUCUCUCAUUGAGUGGACCACAUCUAGGCACAUUGUACAACUCUAGUGGGCUAGUCAAUGCUGGAAUGUGGUUCAUGCAGAAACUAAAGAAAUCAGGUUCCCUCCUGCAAUUAUCGCUGCGUGAUGCGUCUGAUCCUCGACGGUCUUUCCUCUAUCGGCUCAGCGAGAGAAGUCAGCUACACCAGUUCAAACAUAUUCUCCUCUGCGGCUCGGGACAGGACCGAUAUGUGCCCUUACAUUCCGCACGACUAGAGCUUUGUAAAGCGGCCGCAAAAGAUACCUCGUUAUUAGGUCAAGCUUAUAGAGAAAUGGUGCACAAUAUGGUAUCUCCACUCGCAUCACGCUCGUCCACAGUAUCUGUGGUGAGGUACGACGUGCAGCACGCGCUGCCACACACCGCAAGCGCUCUCGUCGGCCGCGCCGCGCACAUCGCAGCACUAGACUCGGAUCUAUUCAUUGAAAAGUUCCUCUUAGUUUCUGCACUGAAAUAUUUUCGAUAAUUCUUCACAUUUCUAAACCUUUUUUAUCUAUGUUUUACCAGCAUAGAUAAAACAAAUUCAUUUUUAAUCUGUCCUGGCUUUGCAUGCCAGUAUUAUGUUUUUUUUUUUAAAGCCAUGUUGGAAAUCUAAAACUUUUAGGUUAUGAUUUUCUAUACUUGUUUUCUUAAUUUUCUUGAUACACUACACACUUAGGCGAUUAAAUUAGCUUCACCCUUUUCAGUCUACAUUUUCAUUUUUUUCGUUAAAACUUUCAAGUUAACUACUAAUCUUGAUUUUCAAAUUGUUUAAUACUAUGUGCUUGUGUGGAAUAUUGCAUAACACCAAAAUAGCUUAAGUGUAAAAUCUGUAACUUAAUUUCAUUCGGUUGUGAUUUUUAUGAUCAAUUUUAUUACAGUACAGAGGAAUUUCGGAAAAGGUGACUCAGCACUUUUAGAACUUUCCUUUUCUUAGUGGCCUAAAUGUUUUGACUUUUAUAUGUUUUUAUGUAACAUUCAAAGUGAAAUCUUAAUUUCUAUAGUUUUGCAAUACAAAUUAAUGAUAAUUUUUAGAGUUCGGAACUUUUUAUUUCCUGUGUACUAAAUACUAAACUCAAAAAAUCGACAAUCACUAAAAGAAAAGGAAGAAAGGAAUUUGAAAGAAAUGUUCGAUUUAUCUGGCCUUUUGACAAUUUAUGCAUAGAAAAUGACAAGAUAAAAAGGAUCUCGAUAUAUGUUAGAUGGCGCUAAUGGGCUAUUUUUUCACGGGUCAGAUAAAUUGGUCGGUCAAUAUUGUGUGAUAACGCGCCUAAGAUCUGAAUAAAACGCAGAAUGACAUGAGCUUUAUCGAUUGGAAUUAUGAUUGAGCAUUUUCAAUUAGAUAUAAGACGGAUCUUUACACCAAAUAAGUAAGACUACAAUUUAGCGAAUGUAGGUAUCGUAGAUGUUAAUGUAUAGUUUAACCAAGAAUAUAAAAAUCUUAGUCUAUGGGCGCUUCGAUCGCUUUUUAUUACACUUUUUAAUGUGCUAUUUGUUGCAUUAUGGUGAGGACUUUUAUAUUUCUGGUCAAACUAUUAUUAUAAUUGAUUGUUGUGUCAUGAAUGGGAUUGUAAACUACACGAUUGUAUUUUAAUAUUUUCAGUUUAUAUUAUUAGGCAUUCCUGUUGUGUCUUUUCAAAAUUUAUUCGUUCAUUAUAAACAUUUCUUUAAUUUAUUAGAUAUUAAUUAGAUGUUAGGGUAUCUAAAGUGAAUCCUAAAUUCGAUAACAUUAUUGAACAGUAAGUUACAACUAAGAACCUGGAUGAAAAUUAAAUUUGCUUGCAGGUCUUUACUAUUUUAACGAAGUUGUACUGAAAUUGACAUUUUAAAGUACAUUUCACUUUUCCCCUCUCUAUUAUCUAUGACUUGAAAAUAAAUAUCUACAACCAAAAACUUAUGCAUGUAAAAAGUUAGGGUAAAUGUAAAAAAAUGAAGUUAGAGAAGGAACACUAAUUAGAAAUAUCAGCAAUUUUAAUUAUUACUUACAGAUUACACUUUUCCAAUUAACAUAAUAAAUAUUUGGAAAUGAAAUACGCGGGAAUAAUGUUUUUAAAACCAUUAAUUUUUGGUUUACCUUAGUGACAGAAGCGAGGUUUCUUGUUGAUUACGUUAAAAUGCUCAAUAUAUUUUUAGAAUUAUUAUUUAUAAUUUUCAUUCGUGUGUUAGAUAAAAUGUUUAGGUUAUUAUUAUUACUAAUAUUAGUGGCGCUAUUCUUAUUUCAAAUACCUAAGUAACUACUUAGAAUCACUGAAGAAAAUGUAUCGUUAAUCAUCAAUUACCUUGUAACGUAAUUUAUAAUAAUCACAUAUUAUUUCCAUCAAACGCUAAAUCUGACGAUUUAAGCCUACUUUUUAGUUAUUCUAAUAAUUAAAACUUAUCGUAAUUUUCAACCUAACAUCAAACUUUUUUUAGCAGUUGCUUUUACCUAUAUUUUGUGGCAGUAUGUUUUAGAUAAAAUUCUUUUUUUAAAAUGUACCAAAGCAUCCAACUCUAGUCAUAAUGAAAUAAGCAUAACCUCUAAUCUUUUUUAAAAUAGGGUGAUUAGCCUUAAUCAGAUGUGAAACGUUAGAAAUUAAUGUUGUAAAUUUUUAUCGAAUGUUAGACUGAUCUUUAAAAAUAUACGAUUAUUAAGAUAUUGAUAAGUUUCAUAGAUUAUCUUUUUUCUUGUUUUGUAGUAAUCAUUGUUUUGUAUGAAAUUAAUAAUUUUAAAAAUCUUGCUCUGUCCACUUUUGUCUAUUAAUCUGUAGGGAAAAAUUUAUACAGGGGCUUGAAUAUUCUAGAUUUACUUUACUUAUACGUUCAGAAUAAACUGCUUGGGUUUCAUUUACUUUAAUUACUUACGAUUUAUUAAUUAUUUUAAUAC